GCUGCGAAGAAGAAGAAGAAGAAGAAGAGCAAGAAGAAGAAGGCCUCUGGAGGUUCGUUGCGUACCGAGCCCCCAACAGUCCCGGUUUCAAAAAUGUUCUUGAAUAAGGUCUAUCCCGAAGGCGAGCUCUCGGACUACAAGGAUGACAACCUCUGGCGCUCGACCAGCGAGGAGAAGCGUGCGCUGGAGCGAUCUCUGAACGAUACGUACAACGAGCUGCGCCAGGCUGCCGAGGUCCAUCGUCAAGUCCGCUCGUAUGCCCGCAAGACGAUCAAGCCAGGAAUGUCCAUGAUCGACAUUUGCGAAAUGAUCGAAAACGGCACCCGCAACCUCAUUGAGGCGAAUGGCUUGCAGGCCGGCAUUGCUUUCCCCACCGGAUGCUCCUUGAACCACGUUGCCGCCCACUACACUCCGAAUGCCGGCGACAAAACCGUCCUGCAGUACGGCGACGUCAUGAAGAUCGACUUUGGCACCCACAUCAAUGGCCGCAUCAUCGACUGUGCGUUCACCAUGUCGUUUGAUCCCAAGUACGACCCCCUUCUGGAGGCCGUUCGCGAUGCCACCAACACGGGUAUCAAGGAAGCUGGUAUCGACGUCCGCCUCUGCGAUAUUGGAGCAGCCAUCCAGGAAGUCAUGGAGUCGUAUGAAGUCACACUCGAUGGAAAAACAUAUCAAGUCAAACCCAUCCGCAACCUCAACGGCCAUCUUAUUGGACAAUACCAAAUCCACGCCGGCAAAACUGUCCCCAUUGUCAAGGGUGGCGACCAAACCAAGAUGGAGGAAGGAGAGAGCUAUGCGAUUGAAACCUUCGGCAGCACUGGCCGUGGGUUUGUCCACGAAGAUCUCGAGUGCUCCCACUACAUGAAGCGAUUCGAUGCCGGGCAUGUGCCUCUGAGACUUCCCCGCGCCAAGCAGCUUCUGACCACGAUCAACAAGCACUUUGGCACCCUGGCCUUCUGUCGACGCUAUCUCGACCGAAUCGGCGAAGAAAAGUAUGGUCUUGCGCUCAAGAACCUUGUCGACUCUGGUGUUGUCGAUCCCUAUCCCCCGCUUUGCGAUGUCAAAGGAAGCUUCACGGCCCAGUACGAACACACCAUUCUUUUGCGCCCAACUCGCAAGGAGGUUCUCAGUCGUGGCGACGACUACUGAGCAGCCGUGCGCGAUCGGGGAUGGUG